CUACUCUCUCCCUCUCUCGCUGAGGUCUGGACUAGUCUCUCUCUCUCUCUGCCGGUGGAGCAAUGACGGCCGACGGCUGCUUCAACGACUGACGGAAUCGACUGCGUGGUGACUCUCUCUUUUUGCUGCUUGACCUCGGUGACGGACGAAGGAGUGACGGCUGGCAGUGACACAAAAUUUCAGAUUAAUUUCUGCUUGGCUAUAGUUGGAGUAGAGGACUCGGAAUGUGCAUAUUUGCUUCAGCUGCUGAACAUCAUAGUGAGGUUAUGCUUCGUGUUUCAAAUAUGCUGAAUGAUAUUUGCUUGAGAAUGCUCUCUGGUGGCUGUGAACUUGACCAUUCCUGGGUAACUUUCUUGAGUACAGUCAUCCCAUACAAUAACCCAGAAUAUAGGAGUGACUAAUGGUAAAGCCAUUGGUACAAGAAAGAAUGCUCUCAGGAGCUGCUGUCUCCCUGCUCUCCCUCGUACGUAAACAUGAACUCAAACGUACAGCAAUCCAACAACUCCACUCUCAUUUGAUCUUUGCUUCCGUCCACGCUGACUGCACCUCAACGCCGAUCGUACUCACUCUUUGGAACUCUGUUCUCCGCCACUACUCCCUCGGUUCCUUCCCCCAAGAAGCUCUUUUCCUAUUUCAGCAUCUGCAACGCAUAUUGAGACCCGGGUUCUUCUUUGAUAGCUUCGCUUACUCUUUCCUCAUUAAAGCUGCUGCUAAUCUAACCCAACCCAGUAUUGGAAAACAGGUGCAUUGCCUGAGCUUUAAAUCUGGGUUUCAUUCUCAUGUUUAUGUGCAAACUGCCUUGGUUGAUAUGUAUGUUAACUGUCGGUGUCUUGUGGAAUCCAAGAAUGUGUUCGACGAAAUGCCUAGCAGGAAUAGUGUGACUUGGAAUGUGUUGAUUACUGGGCUUAUCAAGUGGGGCGAGCUUGGGUUUGCUCGGGCUGUUUUCAAUGCGAUGCCGGAGAAGAAUGUAGUUUCUUGGACGGGUAUUAUUGAUGGGUACACACGGACGGGGAAAUUCAAUGAAGCUUUGUUGUUGUUCCGUGAAAUGGCGGUGAGUGAGGGGAUUAAACCAAGUGAAGUGACUCUUUUGACGAUUUUCCCUGCUGUUUGGAACCUUGGGCAUCUCAAGUCUUGCCAAAUGCUGCACGCUUAUGGGGAGAAAAGUGGGAUCAACUCUUUCGAUAUCCGCGUUAUGAACUCCCUUGUGGAUGCAUAUUCCAAGUGUGGGAGCAUAAACUAUGCUUCAAAAGCUUUUGAUGAUAUAUCAGAUGAAAGGAGGAAUUUGGUGUCAUGGACAUCAAUAAUAUCGGGAUUCGCAAUGCACGGGAUGGCCAAAGAAGCUUCAAAUGGUUUUAGGAUGAUGCAAAAUGCAAAUGUAAAACCAAAUCAGAUUACAUUCUUAAGUGUACUACAUGGUUGUAGCCAUGGUGGUUUGGUGGAUGAGGGUGUUGAGUUUUUUGGAAAGAUGGUUCAUGACUUUGGGCUUCAACCAAAUAUUAAACAUUAUGGAAGCUUGAUAGACAUGUUGGGGAGGGCAGGGAGAUUGGAAGAAGCAGAAAGGAUGGCUUUGGAGAUCCCUAAUGAGAUCUCCAAUAAUGUUGUGAUUUGGAGAACACUAUUGGGUGCUUGUAGUUUUCAUGGAAAUGCAGAGUUGGGACAGAGGGUUAUGCAGAAGAUUCUGGAGGUGGAGAGAACAUAUGGUGGUGAUUAUGUGUUGCUUUCUAAUAUUUUUGUUGAUAAUGGUAGGUAUAUAGAUUCUGAGGAGGUUAGGAGAUUAAUGGAUGAAGAAAAUGCACAAAAGGUGCCUGCCUUUAGUUUUGCCUAACUGUAAAUGAAGGUUCACCUUCUAUUGUGGCAUACU